CCAUGCUUCAGUAUUUUCCUACUUGCGCUGAAAGUAUAUAUAUAUAAAUUCCUUUAUCUAACAUGUUUGCAGUGGGUUUUAUUAUUUAAAUAAUGGCUGAUGAAAAGUAUACAUUUAUAUGUAGAGAUGCCAACAGCAGUGUUUACACAGCAUUAGAACAAUAUUUAUUAACAAAUAGAAAAGGACAAUGGAGAAAACUACAAAGUGAUUCUAUUCGUUUUAAUCUGAUGAUGGGGGACAGAAAUAAGUUGCCCUACAGCAGAUUAGGUCAGAAGCCUGGAUUACGGCAACUAGUGAAUUACUAUCGUGGAUCCGAAGUUAUUUGCAAAAAAUCUCAAAUGAUUAGGGAACUGAAAAAGUAUUGUGUAAAUGAAGAUAUACCUUUAUUUCCAUGGUUACCACCAUCCUAUGUUAUAAUUCCUACACAUUCAACAGAACUAUUUCAUUCAACUGUUGAUGAAGUUAAUGGAUGUGAAAAUUUUAAAUCAAUGAGAAAACAACAAAAGGAUGAGAGAGAAGAAUUGUUAGAAUUAAUACAAUCAGAUGAUAUAUGGAUUGCUAAAAGUUCUGUUGGAUCUAAAGGAGAUGAUAUAAUGAUAUCAAAUGAUGUAGAAGAAUUAAUACAAUAUAUUGAUAAUCAAAAACAAGCUUACAUAAUACAAAAAUAUAUCAACAACCCUUUCUUAUUGAAUCAUCAAAGAAAAUUUGAUAUAAGAUGUUGGGUAUUAGUAGACUCCAUGUGUUCAAUAUAUCUUUUUAAAGAUGGUGUUUUACGAACAUCAUCAGAACCUUAUAACCCUAAGGAUCUUACUGAUCUAACAUCACAUCUUACAAAUCAUUGUCUACAGAAACAACGCUCAUCUAACUUUGGAAUGUAUGAAGAGGGAAAUGAAAUGUUCUAUCAUCAAUUUAAUGAAUAUUUAAGAAGUUGUGGAAAAGAAUGUUUAGAACAUAAUAUUUUACCACAGAUUAAAGAUAUUAUAAUAACUUGUUUUAAGGUCAUAAAAGAGAGAAUUGAUACAAACUACCUCAAUUACAGCAGUUUUCAACUAUUUGGUUUUGAUUUUAUAUUAGAUGAAAAUUUCAAGGUUUGGCUAUUAGAAAUAAAUGGCGCACCAGCUUGUGCACAAAAAUUGCUUCCUGAUCUUAUUGACAGUUUGGUAGCAACUGCCAUAGAUCCACUUUUUCCACCACUAAAUUCAUCCAGUCACAAUAUAUCUUCAUCAUUUGAGAAUAUUGAUAGCUGAGAUACUUAACUAUAGCAGAUAACUAGGGACGCAUUUCCUUGAUUCAGGUGGCCCACAUUUGCAUAUAUUUUCAUGUGGAUGUAUAUUGUUGUGGCUCCUGUCCGUUCACAAUUUGUUUGUGGACACUCUACAGGUCACGAUUCUUAUCCGAUUUUAACGAAACUUGAAAUAUAGGUUAAUCUUCAAAAGACCUUGGUUCCUUUCGAUAUUGGCAUUUAUCGGAUCAAAACUUCAUGGAUUAUGGCCCCUGAUUGUACGAAAAAUCAUGUUUUUAGCUAGUGGACACUCUGAAGGUCACAAAUUUUUAUCCAAUUUAGAUGAAACUUGAAAUGUACACUUAUAACCCAAAGACCUCGGUUCCUUUCAAUAUUAGCGCAUAUCAAACUGCAACUUCCUGGAUUAUGACUUCUGAUUGUUCAAAAAUCACGUUUAAAGCUUGUGGUCCCCCUUGAGGUCACAAUUUUUAUCUGAUUUAAAAAUACGUAUCACCGUUAUGCGAUAAAGAGAAUGGCCACUCCACAUACGCAAAUAGUGUAAAAGUAUGAUAUAUCGAGGUUGUGGACACUCUCGAGGUCACAAUUUUGAUCCGAUUUUGAUGAAAAAUAGAUGGUAAAAACCCAAACAUCUUGGAUCUUUUCGAUAUUUGUGCAUAUCUGUCUGUAACUUCCUGGAUUAUGGCCCCUGAUUGUAGAAAAAAUCACGAUUUUAGCUUGUAGACCCUCUACAGGUCACAAUUUUUUAUUCAAUUUUAAAAACCGUUUAAAUAUAUCACCAUUACACCUUAUUGAAGGCUGAGUUCCGAACGAAACUGCCCAACAAAAUGGCCGCUCCCAGUACGCAAAUAGUGUAAAGGUAUGAAAUACCCUCUAGAAGUCACAAAUUUAUCCGAUUUUAAUGAAAUAUAUGUUUAUAACCCAAAGAUCUUGGUUCCUGUCAAUAUUAGUGCAUAUCGGACCGUAACUUUCUGGAUUAUGGCCCCUGAUUAUGGCAUGGUGAUUGGAAACAUUAAUGAUGAGGCUAUGUGAAACAAAUUGGAGAAGAGAUUAAACAGAGUAAUAAGUAUAGUCCUUAAUACCAUUACUUGAUGUGGUGUAAAUGAUAAAACUUAUUCAAGACUUGUAGUCAAUUUUCGAAGGAAAAUUGCAGUGAAUGGAGAGAUGUUACGUUUACAGCCCACCAACAAAAUACUCAUAUCCACAUCUACUAUUAUAACCUUACAGAAUCCUUUUUUUUUCAAGACCCACUCCGCAAACAGACGAUAUACUAAAUUGUGUUUUACAAUCUCUUUUACAAUUUUUAAAUCAGAAAACAUCUACAUUCUUUUAUAUUUUAACAAAUUUAAUGAGCAUAAGAACCAGAUUGUUUCAUUAAAAAGUAUUACUGUAUGAUUUCAUAACAAUGUUCAUUAUCCAACAUUUUGUCAGACUUAUAUAAAAUAAAACUUGAAGUGCGAAUAUUUAAUGUAUGUACAAUAACUGUAGAAUUUAACCUCGCACUUUGAAUUUUGUAAUUAUAUUACUUUUGAUGAUUAA